AUGCUUUUCAACAAGCGGACUCUGGCACUGGCCGCUCUUUUCUCGACACUCGCCAGUGGACGACCCUUUGACUCGGCAGGAGCAGGAAAGCUCGACGCGAGGAGCAAGAGUUAUGCGGUUGUCAAUGUUGGUGGAGAUUCGACCGAGACAUCUGCGACGCCAACUUCAACCAUCAAGACGACAACGACCGUUGAGGUUGUUGUCCCAGGAGAGACUGUCACUAGAGAGGUGACGGCGACAGUCGUCAAACCAAACCCAGCGCCUGCACCUACCCCCUGCCCAAGCUCAAGCAGCGUGGCAGUGUCAUCGUCGAGUUCCUUGUCGGCCUCUUCGACAUCAACUCCUAUUUCUUCGACACCUCCAAUUUCCAUACCGACCACGCCCACGAGCGUGUCAUCAAACAGCACAUCGAUGCCAAUCGAGACGCCAAAGCCAAUCUUCAUUACCGUCACUGUCUCCGAGGACGACGGCCCUAUAGAGUACUAUGACAACGGCAUGUGGCACACCAACUACAGGAUAAAGACAUUCGAGGGUGAUGUCGUGGCUGCUCCAACAGCGCCGCCUGCGGCUUAA